AUGCCGAAAGAGUUAGCGGGGAUAUUGAGAGAGUAUGCGCAGCGUAGGAAACUAACGGUGGAUACUGGGAUUUAUCAGAGUAAGUUAUGGGAAGAUAUGCAAACACAACUGGAGCUUUUUAUAAAUCAAUUGAACGAUCCAAAUGCAGAGGAACAUGCUGCUAACUGCAGUAAUGCAUACUGGGAGCAUCCAGCAGAACAUGGUGAGAAGAACCAACCACAACGGGAAAUGAGUAGGAGGAAAGAAAGAGUUAUAUGCAAACUCAUGACGCAAGCGAUAUACUUUGCGAACGCAUGGAGUGACGCAGCACGGAAAAACGCAGAGGACAACGAGGGGAAGGAUAAGGAAAUAAAGGGCAUAAUGAGAUGCACCAUAGCGGAUAUAUACAAAGACAUACUGACGGAACACGGAUGCGAAGGUCACUGGGGCACAUAUUACGCAUGGUGGGUGGUGGACCAUAUGUGGGAAGCCAUGAAAGCAAUUUGGCACGAGCAGCAUUGUAAGACGGGGAAGUACAGGGAUAUAGAAUUGAACACUUGGCCAAUGAGGAAUAAGAUGAAGGAAUGGCUGAAGAAGAAUGAAAAGAUGCAGGAGAAACUUGCACAGGAACAAAUAAGCGAUGGGUGUAGGGGAUGGAAAGUGACGACUAGGAAACAACUGGAACAGCCAGGAGUUGAACACGACACAGAGGCUGAGAAGGGGAAGGACGCACAUCUGAAGAAUCAAAUGAAGGGGGAUAUUAGGAACAUUUUGGGCACUCUGCAGAAAGAAAUGGAGAAGGAGCAGGAGAAGGACAAAUUAACGGCGUCCCGUGCGCCAGCACCCCCGGACACUUCUGUGGACGCCGCAGACCACAAAAAGGAUGAGGAGAUCGACAAAGCAAUAGAACAAGCUAUCGCGCCCGUGGAAUACCAAUUAAAGGACGACAUAGCGAAGAAUGCCGCUGCACAAGCCGCCGCCGCCAAAGCAGCAGACACACCAUCAAAGGCCACGACAGGUAAGGACCGAGGGCAGAAAGCACUAAUACGGCCCAACACGUAUUAUACGGCCGCCACGUACCGAUAA